AUGGCAACCUCUGUGUCUCUCAAGGAGCUCUCAAAGGCCAUACAUGCAUACCUACCCCAGCCGACCCUCCCGCUCCCCGAAAGCCUCCUCGACACCAUCGCAGCCUAUCUCCGGCGACAUGGGAAAGCUGAUGACGCAGCCUCGGCCAGACUCCAAGACGAGCUGGCCAACAUAUUCGAAAAGUACGUCAAGGGCAACUCGGCGGUCUCUGGUUCAUGGGCAGGCAUCCUGCGUCGACUCUUGCCGGCGCUCAAGACGCCCAAGAGAGUCUUGUCAUGGCUCGACUUUUUCAAGGGCAUCCUCGACGGGACGAACCUCGAAAAGGUCGCCGUAGACGAGGCUGUGGCCGCCCUGACGGACUUGAUCGACUUUUUGGACGAGCACCCCAUGAAGUCGGGCGGUAAUUCCGACACCAACCCCGUCGUUGACCGCCUGAUUCUAGUCUGGAUGGAUCGUUUUUAUCCGGAACAGGUUGAAGGAGAUACGAGGCACGGAUACAGUGAGAAAGUGCUUAGGGACAUCCUCAUAAGUUUUGGAAAAAGGCGGCUCAAGGCGUUUCUGACAUCUCUUGACGGUGGCUUCGUCACGAAGGCCCGUCGCCUGGCAGCCCUGCGAUUUCUUUGCGACUUCAUCCAGGAGCAGCCCCCACAUCUCUACGAGGCGCUGGAAACCUCAUUGUUCGGACAUCUAUUGACGUGUCUGCAGCACGACACCUCAACUGCCAUCAUCUCUUCCGCACUAACGGCCCUGAUGAUGCUACUGCCGCAUAUGCCUAGCUCUCUUGCCCCUCACCUGCCGCGCCUGUUCAACAUUUAUGCACGCCUCCUGUUUUGGGAUCGAGAAAUUUCCAAGGUGAGCGAUGGCUCCCCAAUAGGUGGCAACCAACCCAAAGGCUGGGAAGUUUGCACGUACAAUCCCGAGAUGGAUGAUUUCGCCAUCGCACCGCUCUCCAACUAUUUCACCGUCUUGUACGGACUCUACCCCAUCAACUUUGUCGAGUACAUCCGUAAGCCGCAGAGGUAUUUACGCCACGCGGGCAUGCCUGAUCCUGAGGAGAUCGAGGUCCAGCCGACGGAGAUCAGGAACCGGUCGGAGCGCUUCCGGCGUUGCCAUCUUCUUCAUCCAAACUUCUACACGCUGACGGUAGACUCGGAAAAGACGGACUUUGGACGCUGGAUCAAGAGCGAGGCAUCGGAGCUUCUUGUCGAGUGCAUGGCGCUCUGCCAGAUCCAGACGGACCAUUCUCACCAGUCGCCAGGGCAUGAGAGUCCUCCUCCGACGGCUGGUUGGGUAGAAAGCCCGGCGCGCGAAGGGCCCGAAGAGGACGCGUCCGAUUCCGCACUAUUAGGAGGCUCCUUCUCCCCGUCGAGGAAGCCUCCACCAGGUCCCAGCCGGACGGGAGAAGUACAGGCUACGGGUCACGACGGAGCCAGUCGAGCGACAAAAUCGUUGACUCACAGCCAGCUCCAGGACUUGAUUAAUUCCAACAGAGUGAUCAAGUCGAGCCUACAUCAUAUGUUGGCAAACCGCGGCGUUCCUUCUUCCGACCUGGCUCCCCAAGAGGCCGAUACAAGCGUGAUAUCAACCUCGGUAAUACCGGCUCUCGCAGAGCUUGCCCCAACUACACGCCCGACGGAGCGAGGCACACAGAUUGCGCAUUUGCAACAGAGGGUACUCGUGCUCGAAAUCGACCUCACAUUCGAGAGGUAUACGAAGAAGCAGCACAUGGCUCAUAUCGGUGAGCUAAGACGCAAGUUGAUGAUGGAGGCGGCGUCGGAGGCGGAAAUGCAGGACCUAAUCAUGACAAACCGUCACCUGAAACUCCGUUGCCAAGAAGCAAAGAUGGCGGCGGCGCAGGUUCGCAAGGAGUCGGAGAAGAGCCGGGCGAUGGCCAAGAAGUGGGAUGAGGACCUGACGAACAAGUUCAGAAAGCUGCGGGACGAAUUCAGGCGGACGACGGCCGAGCUUGUGAUUAUUCGACGUGAGUUGGACGAGUCCAAGGGUGAGUGCGAAAAGUUGCGCAAGCUGGUCUGCGAUGGUGAGGUCAGGGAAUCUCAGUGGAAGCAAAGCAUACAAGCGGCCGAGAUUGAGAAAAAGGAAGUGAGGCGGAUGAAGGCAGAGGUUGAGGAGUUGACCAAGUCGGAACGCUUCUACCAGGCCCGAGAGCUCGAGCACAAGAUGGCGGUGAGCUCGGUGGCGAUGGCCGAGGCGGAAGCGGAGAUGGCUCGCAUACGACUUGCAGCGCAGGAGCACGAUGCGCGGCGAGCCAAGGACCUUCUCGAGUCCGAAGCGAAAGAGCUCCGGUCGCAGCUCGCGAGUUUGCGGGAGGAAGGAGAUCACCCUGGAGUCAGCGCGAAGCUGGCGAUCGAGGGAGCGCUGGCGUCCAGCAGGGCCAAGCAAGCGGAGCAGCAGAAGCAGUACGAUCUCCUCAUGCGCAAGUACACGGCUCUACAGUCCUCGGUGCUGGACAUGCGAUGUCAGGGAGUGGGAGAGCCAACGGCGAAGGUUCAGGCUUCGUCGACAUGGACGGCGGGCGCGGCGGGCGAGAGUCUGGCGCUGUUUGCGAGCCCUGGGAUAACCAAGGCUCGGCCACACCGGUCCGUGUCCAACGUGGAGGCAACGGCGUACAACGUGACUCCUCCGCUGGAGCCCCUUGCGGGCACGGCAUCGUCGCCGGAUGCGGGACGGGUCGCGAGCACGUCGCAAGGUGCAGGAGGCCCCUCGGGAACGGGGCCGCUCGCUAGCAGCCCUGAGGAUCAGCGACACUUUGGUAGCAGCUUGACCAGCCGAAUACGCAAGGAGUCACGGGAGUCGUCCAAGGAGGAGGGCAACUCCGGCAAGCCCAAGAAGGAAAAAAAGUCGGGAUUGAGAGGAAUCAGGGGAUUCGUGUAG